UUUUGCAGUUGAAGUGGGAAAUAAAUUAUUUUCCAUGGAGUUGGUGAGCCAGCCAGCCACUGACUAAAACAUUAAAGAAAAUAUUCAAAAGCUGUUGAAAAAAUAUGCCGUAGGAAGGCACUUGCAUGUCUUCUUCUUCCGCGCUCGAUUAAAGGAGAACAGAAGAGUUUCGACCGGCGAUUUCUACUCUCCGUCAGAUUCUGGUUGUUUCCAGGAGAGCCAAUUCCAUCGCCACAGCUACGGGUUUCGUCCAGCGACAUACGCAGAAGUGAAGUCACUCUUUCUAUCGCAGCGCUCUUCUCCCCCCGCUUUUUGAUCGAUCGUCAUGUCUUUUUCCUUCUUCAAGCCGUCGCGGCCCAAGACGCCGCAGGAGGUGGUGAGAGCGAUCAAGGAUAGCCUUAACGCCCUCGAUACCAAAACGGUCGUCGAUGUUAAAGCCCUCGAAAAGGCAUCAGAAGAAGUUGAGAAGAAUUUUGUGUCUCUGAAAUAUAUGCUCCAGGGAGAUGGAGAGGUUGAACCAAACAUGGAACAAGUUUCACAGCUAGUCAUUGAGAUUUGCAAGGAGGAUGUGCUUACACUUAUGGUUCACGAGUUACUCAAUUUAGGAUGGGCUGCAAGAAAGGAUUUAGUCCACUGUUGGUCAAUAUUGUUGAAGCACAAGGUUGAGUCGACACAUUGCUGCGUAGAAUAUAUUGAGAAUCAUUUGGAGUUACUAGAUUUUCUUGUUGUAAGCUAUGAUAGCAAAGACAUUGCCUUGAAUUGUGGACAAAUGUUAAGGGAAUGCAUCAAAUUUCCAACGCUGGCAAAGUACAUCCUUUGUGAUUGGCUACAAUGGUCUUUCAGAUACAUAUUAGAUUCAGCCUGCUUUGAGUUGUUCUUCAAAUUUGUGGAGUUGCCUAACUUUGACGUUGCUUCUGAUGCCUUCUCUACUUUCAAGGAUUUGUUAAGCAAACAUGAUACCAUAGUUGCAGAAUAUCUUACUGCGCACUAUUCUGAGUUCUUUGAUCUGUAUGAUAAACUUCUCACAUCCCCUAAUUAUGUGACAAGAAGGCAAUCAGUGAAGCUUCUCUCUGAGUUCCUUUUUGAGCCUCCAAAUUCCAGCAUAAUGAAGCGCUUUAUUCUGGAAGUUCACUACUUGAAAGUGAUGAUGACAUUGCUUAAGGACUCGAGUAAAACCAUACAGAUCUAUGCUUUUCACAUUUUCAAGGUCUUUGUUGCUAACCCAAACAAGCCACAAGAAGUGAAAAUGAUCUUGGCCAGAAAUCAUGAAAAACUGGUGGAAUUGCUCAUAGACCUCUCAGUUGGGAAAGGUUCAGAGGACGAGCAAUUCGAAGAGGAAAAGGAAAUGAUCAUCAAGGAAAUCGUAAGACUGUCUCGCGUGCCUAAUCUUCUUAACGGAUAGGGCUGCUUAUUUGUUUCCGCGGUCAUUGCCCUGGAUUUCGUAUUAUUAUCAUUACUACAUGAAGAUUCCCUGCAACUUUCAGUGUUUUGUUCGACAAAAGAGAGUUGUUUCUGUGUUUGAGGUUUUGGAGAGAGCCAUGCCCAUCUGCAAUUCUGCACUCUUUCUUCCCUUUGCCAAGUAAAUAGCUUUUUAAGUAUAGAAGGAGAAAAGAAAAUGCCAUCUUGAUUCUUUUACUGCCUCCCGCCCUAUGUUUGUAAGCAUGUCUGCAGUAUUAAAAGCGAGAAACUACUAUCUUUACCUUUUCAAUCUAAACGUUGUGACAACUAUCAACUAUCUAUGCAUUAUCCCCUGCUGUAUUCGUC